GGAAAUGCGUAAUAAUUGUGUUUUUAAAUUACGAUUUGUGAAUGUUUCGAAUAUUACACAAAAUGAGCAAGAAAACAGAAAAAAUAUCAUUAGCUCGUAGUUUGGCCAAACAGUCAAAAAUAAUUAAGCCGGACUUUGUUGUCAGCAAACAGGAGCAAAACUUACAGGACAUCGAAGACUUGAUGCCUGAUGCUGAAAAUGCUCGACGCUACUUUUCACCCAUACAAACCCGCAAACAACGGCAACAAAAUGCAACAGCUACAGCUGCGAGAAAAGAAGUACCCACUAAAAAGCAACGCCAAUCUAGCGACAACUCGGUCGAAAUUACGACGGUCAAUGUUUUUGCGUUUAAGAAAAAAUUAUUGAAAAAUGAACCGCCCAGUUUGGUUCGGUGCUCUGAUGUAGUACAAGAAUUUAAUCCAAACGCUGCAGCUAAUAUCAAAAUCGAAGCAAGUGAAUUUAAAAAUCAAACUAUGCAAGCUACUUCAGUUUCCAAAUUGGUGAAAAUUGAAGAACUACAAGAUUCUAAGCCUCUAAUUGCUAGUGUUAAAACCGAACCAACCGAAUGUGAGGCUUUGAUCCCCAAUGUUGCAUCUGUUAUUAAAAGCGAAGCUAAUAUAAUUAAAAGUCAAGUUCCAGAUGCAGUAUUAGAACUCAAAGAAACGAAGAAGUUGGGUCCAACUAUUUGGUGGCAUCAACACUUGGAAAAUAUACGAUUAAUGCGUUCAAAAAGUGCUGCGCCCGUAGAUACUAUGGGUUGUCAUCAAUGCGCCGAUGAAAAUGCAGAUGAUAAGACUCAAAGGUUUCAUAAAUUAGUCGCCCUUAUGCUGUCCAGCCAAACCAAGGAUGAGACCACCUUUCAAGCUAUGAAUCGUUUAAAAGCUCGGACGCUAACACCUGCUAAUAUUUUGUCCAUGCCUGUUAACGAUUUGGAGCAGCUUGUACAUCCAGUGUCCUUCUAUAAGAACAAAUCCAAGUACCUCAAACAAACGGCACAGAUAUUGCUCGACAAAUACGAUGGAGACAUUCCAAAUAAUGUCAAGGAACUCAUUGCUUUACCCGGCGUUGGUCCAAAAAUGGCACACAUAUGCAUGGCAACUGCUUGGAAUGAGGUGACUGGCAUUGGUGUCGAUGUUCAUGUUCAUCGAAUUUCCAAUCGUUUGGGGUGGUCGAAAUCAAAGGAACCCGAGCAAACGAGAGCAACUUUGGAAAGCUGGUUGCCCCGUGAACUCUGGUCGGAAGUUAAUCAUUUAUUUGUGGGCUUUGGUCAAACUAUUUGUACACCUGUUAGGCCGAAUUGCACAAAUUGCCUAAAUAUUGAUAUUUGCCCUUCUGCUGAUAAAAGUGCAAAAGCAAAGGCAGUUUUAAAUUCAAAAUCACAAUAAUAUUGCAAAUAAUAACAUUGAUAAACUUUGUUUUAUAAUGAAUAUAAUUAAAUUAGUUAUUGGUGCCAUAAA